GCCAGGCCGCCAACUGGAGGAACUUUCGUCUCAUCAGGACCUUGGAUGAAUAACAAUAAAGCAGUGUUCCUGAUAAGGAAGCAGGCAGCAGGUCUUCUUCGCCCUCAGAGGAGACCUGCGGCCGGAUCCUGCGCAUCCACUUGUUGAGUUCACCGCAGUUCAGCUCAGCGGAGCCGCUCUAUUUAAAGCGCCGGCGACACGAUGGCACGCGGGCUGGUCAGACGGGAGUCGGUGGACGCCGAGAUGCACCGGUCCGAGGAGAAGAAGCAGAGCUUCGUGUACACCAAGAAGAGGGGCUACGAUGUCACCCGGAACCCCCUCCUCAACAAGGGCCUGGCUUUCACCCUGGAGGAGCGUCAACAGCUGGGGAUCCACGGCCUGCUGCCUCCGUGCUUCGUCAGCCAGGACAUCCAGCUGCUACGAGUGCUCAAGAACUAUGACAUGAAGAAAGACAGUCUGGACAAAUAUGUGUUCCUGAUGGGGCUCCAGGAUCGCAAUGAGAAGCUCUUCUACCGCGUGCUAAUGUCAGACGUCGAGAGGUUCAUGCCUAUCAUUUACACUCCCACCGUGGGCUUGGCCUGCCAGCAGUACGGCCUCAUAUUCAGGAGACCAAGGGGGCUGUUUAUCACUAUUCACGACCGAGGCCACAUCGCUGAAAUACUUCAAAACUGGCCUGAAAAGGACAUCAAGGCCGUGUGUGUGACAGAUGGAGAGAGGAUCCUGGGGCUGGGAGACCUGGGCUGCCACGGCAUGGGUAUCCCAGUUGGCAAGCUGGCCCUCUACACCGCAUGUGGAGGUGUGCCGCCGCAGCAGUGCCUGCCCGUCCUGCUGGAUGUCGGCACAGAUACCGAGGCGCUCCUCAAGGACCCUCUAUACAUCGGGCUGAGGCAUAAACGAGUGCGAGGCCAGGCCUACGAUGACCUGCUGGAUGAAUUUAUGAAGGCCGUCUCAAACAGGUACGGAAUGGACUGUCUGAUUCAGUUUGAGGACUUUGCAAAUGUCAACGCUUUCCGACUGCUGAGCAAGUACAGAAACCAGUACUGCACAUUCAACGACGACAUUCAAGGUACUGCUGCAGUAGCAGUGGCUGGACUCCUGGCGGCUCUUCGCCUCACCAAAAGCAGAAUGAGUGAUCACACCAUUGUUUUCCAAGGAGCAGGAGAGGCUGCGAUGGGGAUAGCUGAGCUGAUCACCAUGGUCAUGGAGAAGGAGGGACUGCCCAAGGAACAGGGGCUGAAAAAAAUCUGGAUGGUUGACUCCAAGGGUCUUAUUGUCAAGGGUCGAGACCACCUGACUCAUGAGAAGGAGAGAUUUGCUCAUGAGCAUGCUCAAAUGAAGAAACUGGAGGAUGUGGUGCGGGAACUAAAACCUACGGCAAUUAUUGGCGUAGCAGCUGUGGCUGGAGCCUUCACCGAGCAGAUCAUCAGGGACAUGGCCUCCUUCAACGAGCGCCCCAUUAUCUUCGCCCUCAGCAACCCGACAAGCAAAGCCGAAUGCACCGCUGAGCAGUGCUACACACUCACAGAGGGACGGGGCAUCUUCGCCAGCGGGAGCCCGUUCGACCCCGUCACCCUGCCUGAUGGCAGGACGUUCUACCCCGGCCAGGGAAACAACGCCUACAUCUUCCCUGGUGUGGGCCUGGGCGUGAUCGCUUGUUCUCUGAGACACAUCACCGAGGAAAUCUUCCUCACUUCAGCCGAGGCUCUUGCUGAUCUGGUGACAGAAAAGGACCUGGCAGAGGGGAGACUGUAUCCGCCUCUCAGCUCCAUCAGGGACGUGUCUCUCAAACUUGCAGCCAAGAUCAUGGAGUACGCCUACAAGCAUAACAUGGCCACGCUUCGCCCGGAGCCGUCCGAUAAAGAGGCGCACGUGCGCGCCCUGGCCUACAGCACCGACUACGACGAGUUCGUGGUGGACUCGUACCGCUGGCCGGAGGACAGUAUGGCCGUGCAGUCAUGCAAGCUUUAACACUCCCACGGCGAGCCCUGGGAAGGCAGAAGAACUACUGAGGUGCAAUAUCAUCACAAGUGACGCCGCGCUGAAAGAGGCGACGUGCAGGAUUUUCUCUUGAAUAGGCAUUACUGUGAAAUAAACGGUAACAACACACACACGGCUAGUUCCAUCAAGCAGUGUAAAUGGAUGAUUAUCAUCAGUUUACUUUCAGAUCAUCAAAUAUGGCGUGCGUGUUGUUGUUCUCUCAUGAUUUCAUUUCUGUCAGGGAAACAUUCUUCACUAAUUACUUUUAAUCAAACUGUAGCAGGCAGCAAUGACGACAAUCCGCUAAGAUUAACAAGCUAAAAUAGCUUUGAUUUUUUUUCGACCUACAUUUAUAUUUUAAAAAAGAUACAAUGUACCAAAGUUUGAAAAAAGAUGCUUUAAUGUAGCCUUUAAUCUUCCUGUAAUUAUCAGUGCAGCACAGAAUGUAAAGUCAUGCAAAGUGAUUCGCCCUUUAAUUGACAUGACUUGCCUUGAUCCAUGUUGAAUUUUAUCCUCUGUUGUGCUUUUUGUGACUGAUUUGAUAAAGCUGUGGCGAGGUGUCUCUGAGAAUGUAUGUAACGGUGCUCUAGCUCCCUCUAGAGGCCUGAUUUUGUCAGUGCAAAGCAACAGUUUUGGGGCUUCUGAAUAAACUCCACGUGCACAUCUGAUGAACAGUGUCACACACAUUCAGAGCGGGAGCCUCAAUAAAAGCAGCAGGUGAAUCGACCUGCGCCAUGA